GAAUUUGGAGAGCAGAGAGGGGUAUUUGGAACGUGCGUUGUAUCUGAGAGUCAACUUCGUAUUAUGUCUAACCAGGCGGCUACUCAUUGUCAUGGGUUAGGGUUUGGUGCAUUCUCUAAUGAGGUUCAAGAUGUUACUCAAGCGUGCGAAAUAAAUCAUUCUGCCGAAAUUAUACCCUGUAUAGCUCAAUUAUAUCGGAAUGAACUCUUCAGUGAUGUUAAUUUGGUCGUUCAAAAUACACACUUUCCUGCACAUAAAGCUAUAUUAGCAGCUCGUUCCGAUUAUUUUAGAGCAUUGUUUUAUGGAGGAAUGGCAGAGUCUAGCUCAAGUGUUGUUCAUCUGAACGACAUUAAUGUAAUUGCUUUCAAAAAUAUCUUGCGUUACAUGUACACUGGUCAAAUAAAGCUGAAGAAGUCUAAGCUUACUCUUGAAAUCUUGGGCCUUGCUCACCAGUAUAAUUUUCACAGUCUAGAAAGUGCACUGUCCACAUACCUAACACAUUCACUCUGUCUAAAGAACGUAUGGUGUGUUUUUGACAUGGCUGUAAUGUACAACCUGGAAGGACUUAUUACAGCCUGUUUAAGAUUCUUAGAUUGUCUCGCUCCUGCUCCUCUACGUGAUCCACGCUUCCUGAAAUUAUCACAGUCAUCUGUUGAACGUUUGCUAUCUCGUGAUAGCUUUUGUGCUUCAGAAAUCGAGAUAUUUCGUGCUGUAUGCGCUUGGUUAAAGCAUUUUAAUAAAGUUAACAGUGAAACAGCUGAUAGAUCACAUUUGUCAGAUAAUCCUCAGUCAGAUGUUGACAAUGAAGUGGGACAAGAAGAGUUAUCAAGUGAAGUUAAAGCAGAAAGCAACAACUUGUCAUUCUCAGAACUGUUCAAUUCAUCAGUACAUCGAGAGAAGAAAUCAUCGAAUAGAGAUAUCGACAGUGAUCGAGAAUCCCAAAUGGCGGUUACUUCAGAAGAACUUCGCAAUCAUCAUAUGAUGAGUCGGUGUGUUCGAUUCGAAUUAAUGUCACUUACUGAACUAUUAACUGAAGUUCGUUCAUCGAAACUUGUUAGCUCCGAAGAAUUGUUAGAUGCUAUCAAUCGACAAACUAAUUGCCCUGCUGAAGUACCUCAUCGUGGAUGGCUUCUACCAGGUGUGAAUUUGGCAUCACCUCGUUUCGGAUGUACCCUGAUCUCUGGCGAACAUGGAACUUAUCCACACUUUUUUGUUGAAAAUCCACUUGACUUAGAGGAAUCCAAUGAUGCUAAAUUAAAUAUUGAAUCUCUGAGUGUAAAUGAACUGAACUGUCAUGAUUCAGACUAUUCAGAUAGAAAUGAAGAAGACGACGAUGCUGUGGAUGAUAUUGACGAUGAAGAUGAAGCAGGCGACAUCGGUGGAGGAGGAGGACAUGGUGAAACAUACCGCAGAUGUCAACAACAACAACAGCGAAGAAACAAUGAUGAUGGUAAUAUUCACAUACCAACUAUCGAUAUGUCUGAUGUUGCAGGUCGAACAUUCAAUCGGCAUAUUGAUUCUACUCAUUUGUCUCGAAGUUCUUUGUCAGAAGGCGUAGUUUGGGGAACGAAUCAUGCUCCGACUGUCAGCAGCAAUCCUAGUGAUUCUUCGCGCCAUACACAUAAUCAAAGAUUGUCCAACACUCAACAAAUCCAUUAUAAUAUUCGUAAUUUAACCCUGUAUGGGACUGGUAUCGUGAAUACUGCGGCGGCGGCAGCAGCGGCAUCCGGCAGUACCAGUAAUGCACUCACUAAUAAAGCAUCCCGUUGGAUCCAACCAUCGUCUAGAAGACGUGUUAAUCAAAAUAAACCACCGCCACCUCAUUCGGAGUAUGACGUAGUCCGUCAUUCUUUAGAUGAUCCUAAGGCUAGUAUUGUUAUUCAGCUAGGAAAACCUAGUAUUGUGAAUACUAUACGUAUGCAGUUAUGGGAUCAAGAUUUACGCUCAUAUUCUUAUUCUAUCGAUGUUUCAUUGGACCAGUCCACUUGGCAUCAUAUUGUUGAUUAUCGUAAUUACAUGUGCCGUUCAUGGCAAACAUUACACUUCCCAUCACGUGUUAUUCAUUAUAUUCGUAUCACUGGGACAAGGAAUACAUUCAAUCGUACCUUUCAUAUAAUCACAUUUCGAUGUCUUUACAGCGAGAAUAUAUUUCAGCAAGUAGAUGGCUUUAUGGUUCCAACUUAUAAUGUUGCAAAUGUUGAUCUUGGAGCUACAGUUCUAGAAGGUGUUAGUCGAAAUAGGAAUGCGCUGAUUGACGGCAAUGUUCGAAUGUAUGAUUGGAAUUCAGGUUAUACAUGCCAUCAAUUAGGUAAUGGUGCUAUUGUAGUCCAGUUGGCUCAACCAUUCUUAUUGCGUUCAAUGAGAUUUUUAUUAUGGGAUUUGGACCCGCGUACUUAUUCUUAUUCAGUGUAUGUAUCAAACGAUCGUUCAGAUUGGAAACUUGUGCGUGAUGCAUCUGGUGAACAGUGUCGUUCUUGGCAAGUAAUCAGAUUUCCUUUACAAUUGGUUACGUUUAUUCGCGUUGUUGGUUCAAAUAAUACAGCGAAUGAUGUAUUUCAUUUAGUUCAUUUAGAAUGCCCUUAUCCUCCAGCAGAAACAUUGGAAGAUAAUACUGAAGGACAUUCUGAAGAACUGGUGAAUCCAACAGCAAACGUUGCAUCAGAACCUAAUGAUAAUGAAGAGAAUAUUGCAACGCCCUUAUCGUCUGGGAUUAACCAACAUGAUGAUAAUGAUACAGCUGUUGCUAACGAAUAUCAACCGAGAAAUGCUCAGCAGUCACCUGUUCGUAGAACUGUAACACCGGACCGUAUUGUUUGUAAUUCGAAUAGUGUCAGGUCUGAGUCACGCCCUCUUGAUACUGAUGAUCAGUCAGGUGAAUUCAGACUACCUAAUAUUAGGCGUCCCAAUAUGGUGGCGACUACUGCGCUGGCAGACUACGAUUUAAUGCCUGAUUUAAAUAUAUCUUUUCCCGAUACAGCAUCUGAUGAUACUGUUCAGUCGGACAGUAUUAGCACUACCAUCACCACCACCACCCCAUCAGCUGUGGUUCCACUCUCUUCAUCAGCAAUAGUAGCAGCUGGUCAACGUGAUAAUCUACCUGUGCAUCAAGAUUUUGUACCACAUUGUUCAUUUCACCGUGCCUGAUGAUUAUUUCCUCUCGCAUAAUAAUAAUAAUAAUAAUAAUAAUCUACUUUAUUCCAAAAACAGUACUUAUAAUACAGAAUGGAAUUCUCAGCAUUUGUCACAAUGUUCGUAAUUUACAUGAAAACUAUUGAAUAUAAUUUCCAUUGUAACAACAGAAGACAAGGGCCAGGCAACAGAUCGUUUUAUUACGAAAAUCAACACGUAUUUAUAUAUAUUUUAUAUGCAUUAAUAAGGCUUAUGCAAGCAGAAAAAGGCAGUCUUCUCAUUGGUUGUUUCUCGGAAGUUAAGCAGACAAACACAGUCUUAUGAUUGGUUGUUUUCGAUAUUUCUCGGAAAGUAGAGCCAUCUAUCUGCGAAUCAUAUUUGUCCACAUUUAAGUUUGCUGUGAUUGGUUGUUGAAACGGCCUUGUUCAUAUUUUCUCACGGCCCAUAUUAGUGACCUAGACAUUAACGUAGAUUAGUGCCAACCAAUCGGCUAGCAGCCUGCUCUCACCACACUCGUCCCCCCGUCAAAUACGUGCGACUGAAGUCGGCUUGAUCUACUUGGUGCAGGCGUCAUCGUUGGCUUGUCUCGCUGUAUCCAUUUCUGGAGCUCGCUGACGUUCCCGCGCCUCUCAUUGUUCGCCAUUGCGACUGUGUCUGCGUAACCCCAUCUCGAAGUGAUCAUAUAUGGUCCUUCCCACUUUGGAAACUGUUUGCCUGACCCUGUCGAACAUUCGUCCAUACUUCGGCCCACACCUUCAUAUGGUGCUUUCGCCCGACCUCCCAGCAGCGUCUCAAGUAGCAGCUCCAUCGCUGACAGAUCUUGAACGCCACUCACCUGCGCAGAAGCCUUGAAGUCCUGCCCGAAGAUCCAUAUGUCUCCAUCAAAAACUGCAGGGUAUAGGCUUUUCAUUUGUCGGUAGGCAGCGACACCAAAUGUAACAACAGAAGACAAGGGCCAGGCAACAGAUCGUUUUAUUACGAAAAUCAACACGUAUUUAUAUAUAUUUUAUAUGCAUUAAUAAGGCUUAUGCAAGCAGAAAAAGGCAGUCUUCUCAUUGGUUGUUUCUCGGAAGUUAAGCAGACAAACACAGUCUUAUGAUUGGUUGUUUUCGAUAUUUCUCGGAAAGUAGAGCCAUCUAUCUGCGAAUCAUAUUUGUCCACAUUUAAGUUUGCUGUGAUUGGUUGUUGAAACGGCCUUGUUCAUAUUUUCUCACGGCCCAUAUUAGUGACCUAGACAUUAACGUAGAUUAGUGCCAACCAAUCGGCUAGCAGCCUGCUCUCACCACACCAUGACAUAAUAUAGAGUUUAUUAAGAAACCACUCAAUAGUUUCGAGCAAUUAUUUUUUUUGUUUGUUUUUCACCUUAUUCUCUAUUUGUUUUCUAAUAAAAACACUUAAAACACUAUGGGAAGCAUUCACAUUUGUUGCACGUGGUUUCAUUUGCUCCUCUGAAUGAUUUACACAUUUCAUUUAGUACCAUCAAGCUUUUAGAGUAUUCCCUAUUUGGUGUCAUUUAAUAUUAAUAUGGAAUAUUCAUUUUUCCCCACUUGACUGGCUGUGGUGAUAUUAUCGUUCAUUACAUUCAUAAACAGUGUAAAGUUUCACGUUUUUUCCUCCUUAGUUUACUACUUUGUUCCAUGAUACUGCGCAUUCAUUUAUUAAAGGGGUAUCCUGGUCAUUCUCUUUUUUUCACAUAAGAAAAGAAUACAAUUUUGCACAUGGUAUUACCGUUUAUAGAAUAGUUUCAUAAACUACUCAUUUAAAUUGUUAAUUUAUUGGCAUUUAUAUGUGGGACGUUCAAGGGUGACAUGGAGGAGAUCGUGUGAAGAGGAGUUGAAAGAGUAUGGACUAACAUGGAUGCAGGUGGAAAGUACAGCAGAAGGAGGACGAAAGCAAGUGGAGACGUGCAGUUGAAGCGCUAUGUUCCACUAGGAACCCAAGGGAGCAAUAAUAAUAAAUAAUAUAUGUGGAAUCCGUAUGUUACGUACUUCUUCAUUUCUCAUACAUUGUUGAGAGCCUAUUUUCUGUCUAAACAUCACCAUAUUAUUCUCAAAUUUAAAGAAAACGUCAUAUUUCGAACUAUACUUCUUCAGAGUUGUUUGUUUGAUGUGACAUAUCCUCGUUAUUUCAAAACAGUAUUAAUAGUAGUGGUAGUUAAUAUUCAACAUACAGGUAUACAAUAGUUAAUCAGUCCUGAGUCUUUAUGGCAUUUCUGUAUGUGCCUGUGUGUUUUCGCAAGAGUGAUUCUGUGUUUAGGUUUGACUUCAUUUACUCCUGUUUAUUCAAAAGUAAAUGUUAAAAAUUAUUUCAUCUU